UCCAGGCGCGGCGCCUGCAGUCUACACAGGGGCCUUGGCUAAAGGGGAAAAGAGGAAUGGGGAGUCCUGUCAGUGCCCUCCAAAAUGAAGAUCGGGGCACACGGACGCGAGCCGCUGCCCUACGCAAGAGACAGCAACCCGCCGUCCGUCCCGGCCGAGUAGGCCACGCCCCGGGGGACGCGAGCGUGAGGCGCUGUGGGCGGGGUCGCGCUCCGGUCUCGCGAGCUCCUGAGAAGGUCGUAGGAAGCGAAACAUGGCGCUUCACGAGCUGGGCCGUCGUCCGGCCCCGGUGCGCUGGGCUGCUGCCCUGUUCCUCGCCCUGGGCGUGGAACGGGCUCUGGCGCUCCCCGAGGUACAGGCGCGAUUUUGAGAUAUGCAGCCAAUGUCCAGGAAGUGUGCACAACUUCUCCGCCGUGGCAGCCUAUUGUGAGCAGAUCCCAGGGCUAAUGCUGCAUGCCCGCUGCUGCCUGAACCAGGAGGGCACCAUCUUGGGACUGGAUCUGCAGAAUUGCUCUCUGAAAGACCCUGGUCCAAACAUUACUCAGGCACACACUGCUGUCAUCAUAGAGCUGCAAGCAAACCCUCUGCAGGCCGACCUGACCAACACAUUCCGGGGCUUCACACAGCUCCAGACUCUGGUACUUCCACAAGAUGUCAACUGUCCUGGGGGAAUCAGUGCCUGGAAUACUGUCAGCUCUUACACAGACAACCAGACCUGCCAAGGACAGAAGAACCUGUGUAAUAGCACCCAAGCACCAGAUACGUGUCCUGAGAAUGGAUUUUGUGUACCUGAUGGACCAGGUUUCUCACAAUGUGUUUGUGCUGAUGGCUUCCACGGAUACAAGUGUAUGCGCCAGGGCGAGUUCCCGCUGCUUAUGUUCUUCGGGAUCCUGGGAUCCACCACCCUGGCCCUCUCUGUUUUGCUUUGGGGGACCCAGCGCCGAAAAGCCAAGAUUUCCUGAUGCGCAAAGGUCUUUCCUGCUGACUUUAGCCCAGGCAUCUAUGGCCAGCGUAUGCUCCUGGAGACUGAAGCUGCUGCUGGAAGAUGGGAAAUGCACCUGUGGACGCUCUGGUCCAGAAGGGACCAGUACCCCCUUUCCAUUUGGGCGGCUA